AGGAAAAUACCGAGACUGCAGAAAGUCAUCCGGUCAUCCGUCCGUCUCGCAACUGAGAAUAAGGCCCAAGCUGCUUUGAGGCACGGGAAAUGACAUAUAAGAUGGAAUUGCCGAAGCCAACCAUGCCGUGGCUGACCACCAGCCCCUGAGUCUUCACUCGCAGUCACCUGCAAAGAUGAGGUUUUCGGCGCUUCAGACCCUUGUAUCUCUGCCUCUCUUUGGCAAUCUCGUUCGCGGCCUGUCUGCAGCAGAAUGGCGGACUCAGUCCAUCUAUUUUCUUCUGACGGAUCGGUUCGGCAGGACUGAUAAUUCGACAACUGCGACAUGCAAUACAGGGGAUCAGGUCUAUUGUGGUGGAACAUGGCAGGGAAUCAUCAACCACCUGGAUUAUAUCCAAGGCAUGGGCUUCACAGCUAUCUGGAUCUCGCCCGUCACCGAGCAGCUGUCAGCCAAUACUGCGGAUGGCGAGUCCUAUCAUGGAUACUGGCAACAGAAGAUCUAUUCGUUGAACUCCAACUUCGGCACCGCAGAUGACUUGAAAGCUCUGUCUGCUGCCUUGCAUGAACGGGACAUGUAUCUCAUGGUUGACGUAGUGCCAAACCACAUGGGUUAUGCUGGCUCAGGAGAUAGCGUAGACUACAGCGUCUUUGAUGCCUUCGACUCCUCGUCGUACUUUCACCCGUACUGCCUCAUUACCGAUUGGGAUAAUAUCGAUCAGGUCCGGACCUGCUGGGAAGGCGAUACGAUCGUCUCUCUGCCUGAUCUGUACACGACGCAGUCGGACGUCAGGACGAUCUGGUACGAUUGGAUUGAGCAACUUGUCGCCAACUACUCGAUUGACGGUCUUCGCAUCGACAGUGCUCUCGAAGUCGAACCAGACUUCUUCACGGGAUACGUCAGCGCGGCAGGCGUGUACAGCGUUGGCGAGAUCUUUAACGGCGACCCUGCCACUGCCUGUCCGUAUCAGGGAUACCUGGAUGGCGUCUUGAACUAUCCGAUCUACUUCCAACUACUCUACGCCUUCGAGUCCAGCAGCGGCAGCAUCAGCGACCUGUACAACAUGAUCAACUCGGUAGCCAGCGACUGCUCCGAUCCCACGCUCCUUGGCAACUUCAUCGAGAACCACGACAACGCCCGCUUUGCCUACUAUACAAGCGACUACUCGCAAGCCAAGAACGUGCUCUCAUUCCUAUUCCUCUCCGACGGCAUUCCCAUCGUCUACGCCGGCGAAGAGCAGCACUACUCGGGCUCCGGGGUACCCUACAACCGCGAAGCGACCUGGCUAUCGGGCUACUCGACGACGGCGGAGCUAUACCAGUGGAUUUCGACGACCAACGCCAUCCGCAAGCUGGCCAUCUCGCUAGACAGCAACUAUAUCACCUACAAGAACAACCCCUUCUACACAGACAGCAACACGAUCGCCAUGCGCAAAGGCAGCGACAACCUGCAAGUAAUCACCAUCCUCUCCAACCACGGCAGCACCAGCAGCAGCUACACCCUGACCCUAACAGGCACCGGCUACGCCGCCGGCACCACGCUCAUGGAAGCCUACACCUGCACGACCCUCACCGUCUCCUCCAGCGGCAGCAUCGCCGUCCCCAUGGCCUCCGGCCUUCCGCGAGUCUACCUCCCAGCCUCCUCAAUCAACAAAAGCAAUCUCUGCGGUGGUGGCACCUCCACAACCACCGCCACAACCACCCUCAAAACCACCACCACAACUACUUCCACAAAAACAACAACAACCACCACCACCUGCACAGCAACAACAACCUCCCUCCCCAUAACCUUCAUCGAACUCGUAACCACCACCUACGGCGAGGAGGUCUACCUAACCGGCUCCAUCGCCGCGCUGGGCAACUGGGCCACCACAGCAAGCGGGAGAAUCGCCCUCAGCGCGGCGAAUUACUCCGCGUCGUAUCCGGAGUGGUCCGCCACCGUGUCGGUGCCCGUGGGCACGAGCUUCGAGUACAAGUUCUUCAAGGUGGGCAGCGACGGGAGCACGAUCACGUGGGAGAGUGAUCCCAAUCGCGUGUACACGGUGACGGCGACGGCGUGCGCGGGGGCCACGGCUACGGUUGUGGAUAGUUGGCGGUAGUAGGUUUGGGACCUCGUUUUGGGGAGGAGCU